UCUCAGUGAUGGCGGCUUCGUUUCGUUCGCUCCCUUCAACCUGUAACAACAAAUGGUACUACACCCGACAGCAGAUCGACAACAGCCCUUCUCGGCAAGCUGGACUUGAUCCCGAUAAGGAGUUGUCCUACAGACAGCAGGCAGCGAACCUCCUCCAGGACAUGGGGCAGCGGCUCAAUGUAUCCCAACUAACUAUUAAUACAGCUAUUGUGUACAUGCAUCGGUUCUACAUGGUCCAAUCAUUCACAAGGUUUCACCGAAAUGUCAUCGCUCCGGCUGCUCUUUUCCUUGCUGCGAAGGUUGAGGAACAGCCCCGAAAGUUGGAACACGUAAUCAAGGUGGCGCAUGCAUGUCUAAACCCUCAGGAUCCCUCGCCAGACGUCCGCAGUGAUGCUUACCUGCAACAAGCCCAAGACCUGGUCAUUCUUGAGAGCAUAAUUCUCCAGACCCUGGCGUUUGAGAUCACAAUUGAUCAUCCUCACACUCAUGUGGUGAAAUGCACCCAGCUGGUCAGAGCCAGUAAGGAUCUGGCCCAAACAUCUUACUUCAUGGCCACCAACAGCCUGCAUUUGACCACGUUCUGCCUGCAGUAUAGUCCACCUGUUGUCGCCUGUGUCUGCAUCCAUCUGGCCUGCAAAUGGUCCAACUGGGAAAUCCCCGUCUCUACGGACGGGAAACACUGGUGGGAGUAUGUGGAUCCCACAGUCACCCUGGAGCUGUUAGACGAACUCACCCAUGAGUUUCUUCAGAUCCUGGAGAAAACACCCAGUCGGCUCAAGCGAAUUCGAAACUGGAAGGCCGGAGGUCAAACUCCAAAAGCCAAGCCAAAAGUGCAGGAGGACGGAGACCAAAGAGACACCAUGAUCAGCAUGAUCUCCAUGGUGUCUUCAGAAAGCACCGUGGCGGGCCUGAUGAGCCUAUCGGCGCCGCCAUCCGGCUCCUCCUCCGGGGGCGACAAGGAGCGGGCGGUGCCGGGCAGCGCUGCCACGUGGAGCGGAAAAGGCGCAGUCAGCGGGGAGCAGCCGCCGGCCAACCAUGAGGUCCAUGCCCCGGCCAAGGUGUCGCUGAGCGAAUACCGGGCCAAAAACGCAGACGUCCUUGCUGCCCAGAAGAGGAAACUGGAGAACAUGGAGGCCAGCGUGAAGAGAGACUACGCCAACGCAGCGCAGGCUCUCAUUGGCCAGCAGAAGAAGCAUCAUCACCAGCAGUCCGGCUCCUCCUCGUCCUCCGACGUGUCCAACCCCUCGCCCAUCAUCCUCAAAAUCCCUGUGGACAGGGAGCGGUCUGACAAACAUUUGAAAAUGCGUUUCCCGAUGCCCGCAGGCGGGGGCGGUGGCCACGGCGAUCGGGGUCAGGACCCAGACAUUAAAGUGAAAAUACGGGUGCCGGAGAAGCCGAGGGGCGGUUCGGGAGAGGAGGGCAAAAGCCGGGAGAAGCACAGGGAGCGCUCCAACCACCACCACCAUCAUCAGCAGCAUCAUCAUCAUCAGCAGCACCACCACCAUUCCUCCUCCAGCAGCGCCUCGUUGUCCUCCUCGCACAAACACUCGUCCAGCUCUGGAGGCUCGCUGGGCAGCAGUAAAAAAGUCCCAAGCGACUCGUCCAGGUCCAGUUCCUCGUCUUCGUCCAGCUCCAGAAAGAGGACGCAUUCCCAGGACCCGCACGCCACCUCCGCCGCCAAGGUCAGCAAGACUUCCAGGAACGCCUACCAGCUGCCCUCCCUGUCUUCUGGACAAACCCUGGGUUCGGACGUUCUGCCGCCGCUGGGCCUCUCCCACCACCAGGGGGCAUUCUCGCACUCCAAAGGGGACAAGAUGGACACUAACGGGCAUGGUGCGGCGGGCGGCGCUCAGUCCAACGAGUAUCAGGACACUUUUGAGAUGCUGAACUCGCUGCUGAGCGCACAGGGCGUGCAGCCGUCGCAGCCGUCCAUGUAUGACUAUCGAUCCCAGUACGCGGACUUCCGGUUCCCCAGUGGCUCCAGGGGGGCCAACCCCAGACCGCCGCCCCUGCCCUCAGAACCGCCCCCCCCUCUGCCGCCACUACCCAAAUGAUCCUAUGGUCAUUUAUGUAGAUUUUACUUGAAAUCAUAAGCGUCCAUCUUAUGUAAAGUGUUGUAAAAAAAACAAAAAAACAAAAACAACUAAAUUAGCUUUUUUUAUUAAAUUCACCCAACUUUUUUUUAAUGUAAGUUUCUAUGAGGGAGUAUUAGGGCCACGCUAAGAAAAUAAAUACAAUUACGAGAAUAAAGUCUAAAUAAUCCAAGAAUAAAGUCAAUUUUAUGACUUUUUUCACUUAGUACCGUCUACUCUCAUAUAAUUAGGACAUUUUGUUGUAUUGUUGCGACUUUUCUGAAUAUUUCAACUUUUUUUCUCAAUUUUGCAACUUUAUUUUUGUAAUAUAACUUUUUUUUCUCAAAAUACGAUUUUACUCAUACAACUUUGUCAUAACAUUAUGACCGUAUUCUCAUAAUUUGAUGGUUUUGUUCUCAUAAUUUUAUGAAUUUAAUCUUGUAAUUGUAUUUUUUCUGAGCGUGGUUCUGACAGUCCUCCGUAAGUUUCAGGGUGACAGCAGAGAAAUGUAAUAAUGCGGUUAGAAGUUUUACAUAAUGAAUCUUAAAGCCUCGCAAAGAACAAAAGAUUUUCUUCUGCUCAAUUCUAUGGAAAUGUGACAAUGGGGAUUUACAUUAAUGAAAUUCAAACUGCCAUCAGAUAUCUUUCACCCCCUUUUUGUACUGUUUUUAUAGUAUGUUAUUUAUUGAGUGCUUUAAAAAAAAAAAAAAAACAUUAAGUUGACCUUUAAGGUUCCCUCCUUUCUGUCUGCACAGGGAGAAAUGUUUUCAUCAAGACUGUACAGUUUGAGAGUGCAUGUCAACAAAGCCAUGUUUUUACAUAUUUUUUUUUUUUAUUUGUAUUUUUCAAGGUAAAAAAAGAAAAGAAAAGCCUCCUGCCUCCAUAACUAGUGGCUGUUUUAUUUGGGUUACUUGUAUGAAGAUUGUAUUGUGGAAUCUUUCUCUCUAUUUUGUUACUGAAAAUUACAGGAAAAAAAAGAAAUGUAAUGUAAUGAAGCUUGUACUCUUAGAUUUUAAGUGUUGCAGUCAUUGUUUUAAAUGGUUGUAAAAUGUUCAUAUUCAGUUACACUAGCUUCAUGCAGUGGGAAAGGUUUAAUCAUAUCUACCCAGUACAGUGGUUAUGAAGGACAGACAUGUAAUCUCGCCUUUAAUGGUUUUGAUUUUAGGUUGUUUAAUUGUGUAAUCCCUCAUGUUAACACUGUUCUGUUUUAAUCAUGUUAAAAUUGGCUUUACACAUGCAAAUGUUCUUCAUAUUUAGCUUUUUUAUUUUUAUUAAUCCAUCCAAAAAAGACCACUCUUUGAAAAGUUUUUGCACGUCCUCUAUAAUUACAGCACCUCCAUCCCACAGUCUUGAACAUGUAGUCCCAUAAAGAAUGUUUAAAUUUUAUGCUUGAGCAAAUUAGCAAAUGUUCUAUUUGUUGGCUGUACAUUUCAUACAUAAAGUUUUAUAUGGGUUUGAUUGUGUAAUAUUUCUGCUCUUAACCUGCUCCCUUUUCGUUUUUAAUCAGUUUUCAUGUAAAAACAAAAAAUGCUUAAAGCAGAUUAUGGUAAUGCAGUACAGCAAAUCAGCCAUAUAAUUGUAUUUAAUUCCCCUCAUAAAUGAUAAAUAUGUCAGAAAAGAGGCUUUCUUUUCUUUAGGCUUUUAGUUGUAACAGGGAAAUGGUGAAUGCACUGAAUAUUUAUCUUUGUAGGUGAGCCUACGAUGAAAUCGACAAAGUGUUACAUGUAUAAUGGUAAAGCUACUAGAGUAGAUUUCCAAAACAAAUAAUCUAAUUGGGACAAAUGUUUCAGUUGAAGUAUUAACAUGCUGUGAGAAAAUGAUUCAUUUUUAUACUAAGACCAUAUAUAUAAGGUGAAUGGAAGACACUCAUGCAACCUAACAAUGCAAAAAUCACAUUUACAAUAGUUUCAUGUUUCAUUUCUUGGUGUUUUUAUUGACACUCAGGUCUGGAAAUAAAGAAAUUUGAUUUUCUUUUUUUUUUUUUUUUUCAUUUAAUAAGUUAUAUGUGAACAAUGUUUUUUUAUAUAUAUAAAAUGUGGUUGCUUUAUUCCGGAAGUCAAUAAAUAUUUUAAGAAAAAGG